AUGGCCAGACAUUUACAACUUAGCCAAGAAGAGCUUGAAAGGGUAACGAAGCUGAUGUCUGAGUUUUAUGAUCAUAGAGAUGACAGCAAGCUUCAUGAUUUGUUUAGAUUAUUUGAUUUAAAUGGGAACGGCACUAUUGAAGCGACUGAACUUCAAGCUGUUAUGAGCCAAGUUUCAGGAGAAAGAAUUCCAGAAGAAGAGAUCAGAGAUAUGAUAAGAGAAGCGGAUGCUAAUAAAAAUGGGGUGAUUGAGUUUAACGAAUUUAUAGAGGUCAUGAGACGUCAUAGAGAUUAA